CCAUGCAAGGCCUCACGUGUGCUUUUUUCUUUCAGGAUGUAUAUUGAAGAUUUCAAGGCGGUACCCGUCCUGUUUACAUGUCUCACAUGGCCUGCUGUGCCCCUCCCCCGGCCUGACUUUUCUCAGCCCGCUGCCUAAAUAUGUGAAAGUCAAUCUAAGCGCAGCCGCUGCUCUCAGCUCAGCUCAGCGAGCGUGUUAUUUAAAACUGGACACCAUGAUGGCAGGAGCAGCGAGCAGCUCCACUCAGCUCGGCGCAGAUCCUCCCUGUAACCCGUGAAAACGUCGCUUCUGUGGACAAACUCGAGCUCCGACUGAUUCUUCGUUUGUUCGUCCUGCCCGUCGAGCUGCAGAUGUCGCUCCCAGUGGUGCUGCCGGGCUCCUGCUGUCCGGUUAUCGGGACUUCGCAGCUCGCCGAGCCGCCUUACCGUAACCGACCCCGCGGCUUGUCCGCCUCCUCCCGCGUCGCCGCCGCCGGCGGCUCUCGGCUGCUGCUGCCCGGGCGGCCGCUGCUCUCGCUGGGCUUGCUGCAGCUGCUGCUCGGCGGCUCCAUGGUGGCGCUGUGCUUCGGAGCCCUGUCCCUCAGCAACUCUCCCCCCAUCCGAAACUCCUGUCCCUUCUGGGCUGGCUCCUCGGUCAUCCUGUCAGGCAUCGUAGGCCUCACCACAUGGAGAAGGCCCAUGCUGCUGCUGGUCAAUGUGUUUGUCCUGCUGUCUGUGGUGUGUGUGCUCCUAAAUCUGGCUGGAUUCAUCCUGUGCUGCCAGGGAGCCCAGCUUGUUUCCAGUAUGACCAGCUGCCAACUGAGCGAGGCUGGAGAUGUGUGUUACUGCUGCUCCCUCUCCCCUGCCUCCAAAUGUCCUGAGGAGAAGCUGCUGGAGCUCCACCCCGCUCACUCCUGCAACACCAUGAGGAUCCUGCUCAAGAAAGUAUUGUUUGCGCUGUGUGCCCUGAACGCUCUGACCACAGCUGUGUGCCUGAUGGCAGCUGCACUGAGAUACCUGCAGAUCUUCACCACAAGAACCCCCUGCACAGACGAGCACAGGGCCACAGUUGAAGAAAGAGAGGAGCCCGCUCUCGUCCCAGACCCGGAUGAGUUUGUGGCCCCGGCCCCUCCCCCCUCCUCAGCAGCAGGUGUGUUCCAAUCAUACACACCACGUCUGGCUCGCAGGAUCCUUGGGGACAGUGUGAUCCCUCUGCCUCAUAUCUACGGGGCCCGGAUCAAAGGGGUGGAGGUCUUCUGUCCAUUGGACCCUCCACCUCCAUAUGAAGCUGUUGCUGGGAGCUCCACCAAUGCAGUCACACAGGAGACAGAGGUGGCUCUGACGGAGCUGAGGGCCGACCCGGCUGCCUCUCCACCAGGAGCCUCUGUUCCGGACAGGAGUCCUCAUGUGGGAUCGGCAACAUCUGGCGUCCUUCCGCAGGCCAAGCCCACGCUCCAGCCUCCUCCUCCUCCUCCACCUCCACCGCCUCCUCCUCCUCCUCCUCAGCAGCAGCAGGUGUCUCCGGCGCUGACCUCCCGCAGGAAAGCGAGGAUGCACCGCUCCAACAGUGACCCUGUCUUGAUGGACCUCGCUGUCAAAGUGCUGCACAGCAGCGACGCUCCCCUCGCUGCCUCUCCUCAGACCACAGACUCUUCCACCCAGACCUCCCAGCCCACACUGGCUGCGGCCUGCGCGCAGGGCCAGGUCACACUGCGACGGGGCAACAACGAGAGCAGGACGCCCCGCCGGCCCCGGCCCUCCUCCAUGGUGGACUACCAGAGCUACCGACACACACAGCAGCUGGUCAGGAAAAUCCUGGAGCAGCCGGCGGCACAGGGCCUGGCCCCGGAGGUCCAGGAGCUGGUGGACAGCAUACGGAAUGUCCUGCAGUCAGAUCAGGAGCACAUGGAGGAGGCUGUACGCUGCGCGAGUUAUAUAGAACAGGCGUUCACUGAGUCAGAGGUAGGUCCCAGUCAACCUAAACCUCCCCAGCAGCCAGCAGGCAGAUCCUCCCAGACUUUCCCUCGCCCACCCAGGAGAAGGCCUGGUCUGCUGCACCUGCAGAGCUGCGGGGACCUCAGCUCCUUUACCUGUGCUGCACUCGAGUCUGCAGAUCAUCGAGGAAGCAGUAGAAAAGUAGGGUCGAGAGGGGGCUCCAGAGUGGGUUCAAGGGCAGGGUCAAGGACAGGGUCCCGCCCAGAUCAUCCUGAACGCCCCCACAGUCUGAUCGGAGUGUUUAGAGAGACGGUGCUUUGAGGGGAUGACAACACAGCUGGAGGCUGCCGAUCUGUGGCUAAAAACUGUGAGAGAACACUUUUGAACGAUUGGAAACAAACCACUAAAGACGAUCUGUGCGUGUGUGUGGGUGUGUGUGCAGGUUUGAAUGUAUGAGUUUAGUUUUUUGUUGUUUUUUUUUCCACUUUUUCCUUUCGCUCAUACUGUUUUUGUGACAAUGUAUUUUUAAAAUAUGAAAAAUAUGGACAUGGUGUAUUGAAACACACAAAGAUUUGUAUGCUUUGAGGUUUUAACAUUGUCCUAUGUUUGCAUUUGUUCCAGCCUGCUCAAUACAGCCGUACAAGACAACAA